AUGAAAUUUGCUAAUGCCCUAUCAUUAAUAGCAACAACAGCAAUUGCCUUAGCUGCCCCGGUUAACUUGACUGAAUCCUCCGAGUCUUCCAUAACUGAUAUCCCAGCUGAGGCUGUUCUUGGUUACCUAGACUUGGAAGGCGAUAAAGAUGUUGCAUUGCUUCCAUUUCAUAAUGAAACUUCGAAUGGUCUUAUGUUUGUGAACACCACCAUCGUUAACAAUGCGCUUGCAGAAACGAAGGAUACCGAAUUAGCUAAGAGAGACGCUAAGUGGCACUGGUUAGAAUUAGAUUGGGGUCAACCAUUAUACAAGAGAGACGCUAUUGCAGAUGCAGAUGCCAACUGGCAUUGGUUGGAACUGGACUGGGGUCAACCUUUGUAUAAGAGAGAUGCUGUUGCUGAUGCUGAUGCUAAGUGGCAUUGGCUUGAAUUAGACUGGGGUCAACCUUUAUACAAGAGAGAUGCGGAUGCAGAUGCAGACGCCAAAUGGCAUUGGCUUGAAUUGGACUGGGGUCAACCAUUAUACUAG